GGACCUUGGAAGCCCAUUGCAGUGUUCUGAUAUUUUGUAUGUUUUAAACCUUCUUGGAAGAGCAAUGUGGUCUGAAAGGUGAGAUAAAAAUACAUUCAAGAAAUGGAAGAAGCAACAACUGAAACCUUUGCUCUUGGCCUGGCCUGUGGUCAAAAGCAGCAUGGCAAAGGGAGCCUGAAGAGAAAGAACGAAUCAUUUCUGAAUAACCAGAAUACAAAUACAGGGAGGAGCCUGAUAUGUUUUAAAAGUGGCACACGGUGCACAUCUAUACAUAUCCAUGCAGAAGUAAGCCCCACUGACACUCAACUCACUGGUUGGCUGUACAUGACGGAGAAGGUUUUUCCAUCCCCCCAGCCCUGAGCCUCUCUCAGGGCUGUGAUCCCAGCACUACUUCACAAUAUGAGAUUCUCCAGCAAAGAUCUCCAGUUGGCAUUUAUCUUGGUUCUGUUCUACAGCCCUGUUUCUGUGGCCUGGAGCUCCGUGCUGCCCAGCUCAAUCCGAGCCCUGAAGGGCUCCUGCGUGGUCAUUCCAUGCUCGUUCACUUUCCCGGGUUCCCGGGCUUCCUGGGGUGGCAAAUUCAGCAUGGCUUGGUACCAGUACCAAUCGCGAGGCUACCCUGAGAUCUACAACAGCAAAAGCCUAGGCAGUGUCCUGCCAGUGUACAAAGGACGGACGGAGAUGCUGGGGGACCUGGAGAUGGGCAACUGCACUCUUAGCAUCAAUCCCGUGCGCAGUGGGGACGCUAUGAGCUACUAUGUCUGGAUCAACCCCGAUUCAGUCAAGCACCGUUUCUAUGACGUCACAGUCCGGGUGGACAUAGCAGACACUCCGAGCCAACUGGAGCUGAGUGACCCAGGAUUACUGACAGAAGGGAAUCGCACCCUGAUUACAUGUUCAGUCAUGCACACCUGUCCCUUGGCUCCACCUACCCUCACCUGGAACCUUGUAGGAGGCAAGACUGUCACAGUCCAGAAACGUCUAGCUGGGGGUGCCUGGCGGACAGAAUCAGAGUUUAACUAUAUCCCUUCUCACAAGGAUCACAGCAAAUACCUGCAGUGCACAGCCACCUUUCCAAACCAGCAACAGUGUCGCAAUGGGAUCUACCUGCAAGUUAAAUAUUCUCCCAAAAAUACGGUCGUCUCUGUAGUAGGGAAUCCAAACCCAAAAGAAGGAGACAACGUCACCCUGCGAUGUAGCAGCCAGAGUAACCCGCCUGCUGUCAAUUACCUCUGGUUCUUUGGACAUCAGAAGGCACCACUGCAGGCAGCAGGUACUGGGUCAGAGGUGACCCUGGUGGAUGUACGGAGGGGCUCGGGUCCGUACCACUGCGUUGCAGAGAAUGAUGUUGGAAUGGGAGAGGAUUCGCCACCCACCUACCUCAAUGUGGAGUAUAAGCCAGUGAUCCUGCCCCAAAGGAACUGCACCAUGUCAAGGACUGGAGAGACGGUCACAUGUUACUGCAUGGCUGAGGGAAACCCUCUCCCUGACAUUGAGUGGCGUUUACCAAACCGUACUGUUCCCGGGGAUUUCAACAGUUCCGAGUUGCAGGCAGCCUUGGCUUCUUGGGGUCAGGCCAUCGUUGGGGUACUGAGCGGCCCUGCUUCCAGCCUGGCCAAUGUCUCCUGCGCAGCUACCAACCACCACGGGCCCAGCCAAAGCACCGUGCCCACCAUCCAGGCAGCAGACAUCUCCCUCCUGCUCAUGGCAUCUGGGGGUGCCGUUGGGGGCCUUCUCUUCUUCGUCCUGAUGGGAACUGUGGUCUACAAGGUAGCAAAGAGCAGGAAGAAGGGGCAGAGGCAAGAGGACAAUGAGGAGCAGGAGGACCCUACACUUUCUGUCACCGAUGAAAAUAGAGAGCAGAAGACAUCUCUGAAAGUAGAGAAGCCAUCCCGGUUCCAGAAGGAGGAACCAUUCAACAUGUACACCAAGUCCAAGGCAGGAAGGAGCCUAGCUGCUGGCAAUGAUCUAAGCGCUGAGGCCUACGAAUCCAUGGGGAUAGUUGAGGAUUAUGAAAAUGUACCAGCAGGUGGGCCAACUGGACUUUAUGGGAACCUGGGCAACUGGCACUCUACUUCCGGCACUGACCAAAUCUACUCCAAUGUCUGAUGUGAGAAAGGAGAGAACUUGUCCAAAUUAUUUUCUUUUAUUUUCUAUUUAACAAGUGCUUGUAUAACUAGAAGUAAUGCUAGCUAGACCAAAGGGGAUGAUUGGGCAGGAGACCUGCGGAGAGCAUGGAGCCAAAGUGCGACACCUAAAUAAAUCUUCUGGGGCUCCCUGCUUGCAACAGUUACCUCCCACAUUCCCUGGGGAGUAUUGUUAGUAUAAGUCUUUGGAACUCCUUGCUGCAGGGAAACAUUAUUAUACAGGGGAGUGGCUGUAUACUAUAGCCAGCAUGGAUUUUUUGCAUUCCACAAUGUUAAAUUGAAAAUACCCCCCAUGCCAUUCUGAUGCUUCCCAUAAGCUCAUUUCAAAACAAAACCUUACAAAAUGUACAGUUCUGACCUCAGAAACGCUUGCUUAACAACCUUCUAAAUAUUCAUGGUGAUACACAAAACAGGGGGAAUAGAGAGUUCAAAGUGUAAAAGGAGAGAGAGAGAAACCACACCCCUUCUGGACUUUUUUGUUACCAAAUUCUUCCAAGCGACACAGGAAGUGGAUUGGACUGUGAAAGACCAACUGAAAUUGUGUUUGCAUUUUGACAAAUUUGUAGGGCAAUACAGUAUCUCAGAGAGGAGGUCAGGUCUCCUGCUCCCCUGGUGCAUUCACUAUAGCUGCCCAAUUUCCCUGCUUUUUAAAGCUUGAUAGAAAUAUCUGUGGGCUAUAGGUAUGUUCUUAAACUGCAAGGUUUUUUGCCUAUUAGUGAAUUAAUGCUAACUCCCAGGACUUCCUGCUCUUUCUGUGUCUGGGGAUAUGCUAUGGGUGUGGAACCCCAGUUUCCAGUACAUGGGGGGAAUAUUUAUGACUUUACUUCAUAGGGCUCCUUUCUGUGGAGAAGUAUUAUUAAUCCUCAUCCCUGGGAUAUCUUGCUGCAAGAGGGAUAGCUAAUGGCACCAAGCCCCCCAAGACAGCCUGCCAAAGGGUGUGGAGGCAGAUCUGUAGCUGGGGGCACUAGCCGGGAGUCCACCCACCCCCCAAUUUUCUCCCCACACAAUUUUUUCACAAAAAAUAAAUCAUUAAAUUUAUUACAGACAAAAUCUCCCCCUACUUUUUUGGGUGCCCCCCUUGACAUUUUAGGCUGGCUGCAACCAUGCCUGGAGUUGUGCUGUUCUCAUCCUGUCUUUCCUAAGGCUGCAAGGUCUUUCCUGCUGUGCUGAGCCCAUUGGGUCUGCGGAUUUUACAGUCAAGACUUUCAAAGUAUAUGUCUCUAUUUUUGUAGUUUCAGCAUGUCCCUGUCGCUUUUAUUACUGUGAUUAAUUUGGAAAUGGGGUGGCAGGGAGGAUGCCAUAGAGAUCUCUCUGCAGGGGACUGCGUCAACACUGAAGACUUUUUCAAGGACGCAGUAUAUAGGGCUGUCACGGUUUCUUUCCCAGUCGGGGCUCCUGCUUUUCUUUGGUCACUGUGAAGGUGCAGCUUUUCUUUGGUCACUGUGAAGCAGGGGUGUGAGACCUUUGGCCCGUGGGCCAAAUGUGGACCUCCAGGCCUCUCUAUACUCAGCCAUCAGGAUUCUCCCCAGACCACCCCAUCACCGCUCCUACUCUGUGCCCUCCUCAAGCACUUUUGCCUGUCUAGAAAGUGUCCUUGAACUGUAGUAACGCCUCUUGCUUGCCCGGAUGGAAGAUGAAGAGGGGUGUGUAUAUGUGUAUAAAGCUCUGGCAUCUGUGUGGCUGGAACGCACACAAAGGUCAAAUUCACAUCUGUUGCUUUGCCAGAUGAUGCUUCUGGUCCCACCCACUGCUGGCAUGUGGAACACAAAAGGUGGUGGAUGAAGGACUGCAGGCCUUGGGUUCAAAAAGGUUAAGAACAUAACAAGAGUCUGCUGGAUCAGGCCAAUGGCCCACCUGGUCUAGCAUCCUGUUGUCCCAGUGGCCAGAAGAUGUUGAAUUGUGUGCGUUGUUGCGUGAAACAGCAUACGUUACGUUGGAGUUAAGUUGAGCAAGAAGCUUCACAGAUGCAUUAGAUCAGGUUAAGAGUCUUUUAUUAAGACAUUAUGGCUUAAGGCUUUAAGAUCCCCCCCUAGGAGAGAAGUUCUCAGUUCAAAGACAUUACACAGAAGACUCAGCUCAACACAGAUAACUGCUAGAACUCUCCCAGUCUAUCUUGAUGUUGCCAUGACAACGGCCUUGACUCUCCGUUCCCAGACUGGGCAAAGACAUAACUUCUCUUAGCUAUAGAUUUCCACACUUUCAGACUUGAUGGAAAAAAACACUCAGUGACAGUAUAGUUCUAUAAUCAACAGAAGAUGCCCAUGGGAAGCCCGCAAACAGGAUCUGAGCAUAAAGAGCACUCUCCCCUCCUGCGGUUUCCAGCAACUGGUAUUUGGAAGCAUCCAGCCUCCAACUACGGAUGCAGAUCAUAGCCGUCAUGGCUAGUAGCCAUUGAUAGCCUUAUCCUCCAUGAAUCUGUCUAAUCCUCUUUUAAAGCCAUUCACUGCCUCUUGUGGGAGUGAAUUCCAUAGUUUAACCAUGUGCUGUGUGAAGAAGUACUUCCUUUUGUCUGUACUGAAGCAAGACUGUACCAGUUAAAUUUCUGCCUGUCAU